GAGCUUUUUUCACUUCUGUUGAUAGCUCGAGCUUUAAAUUCUUUUCUGUGUGGAAUUCGGUACCGCAAAUAUAGGAUUUUGACUGUUAGAUACUGAAAUUUAAUUUUUCCUCUCCAGUUUUUAGCUUCUCAAUGGAUUUGGAGUCGACUUAUGAGAUUGAUCGUGUCGCCGGAUUCAUCUCGGCGAGAGGUUUCCGACGAGUUGCUCUUCAGGGGUCAAUUUCAGAUGUGACCAAAUAAAAAUGAGACUACUGUCCGCAUAUUUAACAACUCAGUGAUAUGCAAGAAGAAUAAUGGGGUGAAAUCAUCUUUUCUAAUAAUUAUUCAGACCUGCUUCUACAAAGUGAGUUCCCAGAUAAUUUAUUGAAAGAUUCCACGAGGAUAGUUGCUGCUCUACAUGAAAAACUUCGCUCGUUCAGUCAGUUACAUGCUGGAAGGAAUGGAGAUGCAAAGGAUGUUAAGCUGUAUGUAAUGGCGGAUACCAUGUAUGGAAAUUGCUGUGUCGAUGAAGUUGGAGCAUCUCAUGCCAAUGCGGACUGCGUUAUCCAUUAUGGUCAUACUUGCUUCAGUCCGACAUCAACUCUUCCCGCAUUUCUUGUCCUUGGAAAAGCUUCUCUAAAUGUGCCACUAUGUGCUCAAACACUAUGCGAGUAUACCAUAAAAGCUGGCAAACCUAUUUUGGUUCUGUAUGGACUUGAAUAUACACAUACAAUCACAGAAAUUAAAGCAUCAGUGGGCGCUCAAGUAUGCUCCGAGCUGGAAGUUCAUUAUGCUGAUAUUAUGUCUCCAAUUAUAACUCCACCAGAGAAUUGUAGCUCGAUGAAUGAGCAACCAGAACUAAGUGAUGGUCAAUGUGCAAAUGGCUGUUCUAUUGAGGUGAAUGAUGCAACAUAUUGUGUUGGAGGGUUGAAGUGGUCGUUACCAGUGGGACACAGGAUUGAGGACUACUUGAUUUUCUAUGUUGGUUCAGAUGACCCAGCCUUUGCAAAUAUACUAAUGACAUACAAUGCUUGUGAAAUAGUCAGAUAUGAUGCUACUGAAGAUAAUUUGGUGAAUGACUUUUCUCAGCAGAAAAGGAUUCUUAAGCGUAGGUAUUUCCUUAUUGAGAAAGCAAAGGAUGCUAGCAUCAUAGGGAUCUUGGUAGGAACACUUGGAGUAGCUGGUUACCUCCACAUGAUUCAUCAAAUGAAAGACUUGAUUACACGAGCUGGGAAGAAAGCCUAUACUUUUGUUAUGGGGAGACCUAACCCUGCAAAGCUUGCCAACUUCCCUGAGUGCGAUAUUUUCGUUUAUGUUUCUUGUGCACAAACUGCUCUAUUGGAUAGUAAAGAGUUCUUAGCUCCAGUUAUUACUCCUUUUGAAGCAAUGAUUGCUUUCGGCAGAGGAAGCGAAUGGACUGGGGCUUAUGUGACAGAAUUUCGGGAUUUGAUUACUUCUUCCCCCAUGGAAGCUAAAAACCAGUCAGAAGCUCGGUUUUCAUUCAUUCAGGGUGGAUACGUGGAAGAUGUUGAACAACAAGAGGUUGAAGAAGUUGAAGAUGGAGUUUCUGCUUUAGUGAACAUCACAGAGAAGGCUUUGCGUGUUCGUGACAAAGACUCACAAACUCUAAUGCCCGGAACAGCUAAAUCUGGUGCAGAGUACUUCGCGACUAGGUCAUAUCAUGGCCUUGACAUUCAUCCUGAAAAUAAUUUCUCCGAGCCGUUUUUGAUUGGUAAAAGUGGGAGGGCAUCAGGAUACAAGAAUGAAACUGCACAAAAAAGUUAGCAAUUGGAACCACUAUACAUUAAGAUGAAUUUGUGGAAGAUGCAGCAGACAUACAAAGCCACUCUAAAAGAUUUGUAACAUCAGCAGCUAUUUAUGCCUUUUGGUUUCAAAUGGCUAUUUUGUUUCUUCAGUCAUUAUGUGUAUAUAUAGUUUUGAUGAUCUUACUACCUAUAAAUUUCUUUUGACAAAAUAUUGGGAUAUUUUCUUCCACAUUCUUUUGUUUUGGUAGUCAUAUAUUUAAUAGAUGAACAGCUCCAUCUUUGUAUUGGUAGUUUGGUGAGUGAUUUUUUUUGCAUUUACUCAAAUUGUCAUGAACUCAAUUUAAAACUACUUUUUUCAU